AUGGCAGGCAUGCAGCGCGCAAUGACGACCUUGCUGCUGCUUUGCUUGGUGGGUGCUGCCUUGCUUGGAUCCGCGCACGCUGUUCCCAAGCUUCUGGAGUCUCAACACGUUGGCGAGGCUGAUGCACUUGGAUCAUUAGAGCCAAGCCCAGACAACGACUACUGGGAGCGCCUGUCUGCGGAGGACGUGGAGAACGUGCUGGCGGACGACGACAGCUUUGACGCGCAGCUCUUCACAUCUAUCUUGGAUGCCAUCCAGCACAACAAGCUGCGCAGCCAGGCCGCCUUGGAGGAAGCCGCGCGCCAUGCUCUUGAGGGGGGGCUCGUUCGCCACGGCCGUAAGAUCAACGGCCAGGUCAUCCGAUCCGUGCUCCCCUCCACCGACGCUGAGGCAGCGCUGCUGGCGCACUCCAAUGGGGGAGCCCAGCAGUCCGAUUUGGACGCAGGCGAGAGCGCGAGCUCUGGGGAGUCGGUGCAGGUGCAGAUGCGACUAGUUGUGGGUCACCUGCACCUGGAGAUGCCGUGGGUGCACUGCAUGUGGCACCACGUGAAGCAGCUGCUGGGCGGCCUCUGGACGACCCACGGCGCCGAGCCUGUGGCGGGGCCCAGGAGGCACAGCCUGACCAAGAGGCACGCCGCGGUGGCCAGCCCGUCCGCCCCUCACGAAGUUCAAGAGCAGCUCGACCUGUUGACGCGCUCUGGCUUUGCGGACGAGGGCGACGCCGUCCUGGACCUGCUCCACCAGUUCGACAGCGGCGACGGGGAGUCGGAGGAGCUGCCCCUGCAGCACGGGCCCGAGCUCAACAUGCAGCAUCUCAACCGCAAGGUCAAGAUCUCCGUAAUGCGCAUCCCUAGCCGGGAAGGCCUUGCUCCCCGGUGGGCCCCCCGCUGGUGGACGGCCGUGAGCGGGCGCUGCGGCGUGCUGCUGUCCGUGACUUUGGUGCUGGUGUUCGUGGUGUCGGGGGCGAUCCUGAUCCUGUCCGCGCUGCAAGCAGAGGAGAAAGAGCAGUGCAAAAGCUGCCGGCACCGAGCUGCGGAGUCGGCAGACUGCUCGGGAGAGAGCGAUGAAGGGAGCGACUCAGAGGUAGAGAUCAAGAGGGUGGUGACGUACACGUUGCACCAAUGA